AUUACCAGCAAAACAGGUAGACUACAGGAUGAAGACAAUUAACUGUUAUUUGCUGAUACUUUGCUGGAAAGCAAUUUGUGGCAAUAUCUGUGAGCUGUCCAAUAUCACUAUCGCUGUGGAGAAAGAGGAGUGCAGGUUCUGCAUUAGUGUGAAUGCCACUUGGUGCUCUGGAUACUGCUUCACAAGGGAUCCAGUGUACAAAUACUCACCAGUGUCAUCAGUUCAGCAAAUUUGUACUUUCAAGGAGCUUGUUUACGAAACAGUGAAGAUCCCUGGCUGCACUGACCAUGCUGAAUCAUUUUAUUCAUACCCAGUGGCUACCGAGUGCCACUGUGAGUCGUGUGAUACUGACAACACCGACUGCACUGUGCGAGGCUUAGGGCCAAAUUACUGCUCCUUCAACCAGAACCAAGGCAAAGAGUAAGGAGUACUAGAGAUGUUAGUAUAGUUUUGGUUUUCUGUUUUAACUAUUUAAACAUUGUAUUGAAAUGGUACAAAGAGGGUAGGAGAACAAACACAUUUAUUUACAUACAGCCAAGUUUUAAACAGUUAUAUUAGCAAUAUAUAAAAUGGAGAGCAAUAUAUUGUAUUUGUCUCCAGUGGCUUCCUCUCACAUUACAAAUUAAGGUC